GAAGUAGAGUUGAAUGAAGAAGCAGAGUUGGAAGAGGAAGUAGAGUUGAAUGAAGAAGCAGAGUUGGAAGAGGAAGUAGAGUUGAAUGAAGAAGCAGAGCUGGAAGAGGAAGAGGAGUUGAAUGAAGAAACAGAGUUGGAAGAAGAAGUGGAGUCGGAAGAGGAGGUAGAAGGUUAUAACAAAAAGCAAGUAGAUUUGGUUCUAAAGCAUGACGCAUUAGAUAAUGGGGUCAAAAAAAAUAAUCCGCAACAAUCCAUCUUCAUGUUAAAAUCUAUUGCGAAUCCGAAAAGCGUAGAGACCGUGAAAGAUGACAUCAAUAGCGUUGACAAUGAACCAGUUCAACAUAAAUUGGAUGAGGCUUCCGAUGCUAACAUGGAAGAAUGUGUUCCUAAGGGUAUCCACGUAAAUCCCACAGACUCUCAAGAGGUCUCAUCACAGUCCUAUGUUGACGCCAUACAUUCUCGAGAGGUUUUACCAGAACCCAACACGAGCACCACAACUUCUCAUGAGGUUUCGUCGAACGUGACAAAUUUCUUAAAAUCGACUCCCGAUUCAAACGUCGAUUUCGAAGCAGAAGAAACAUCACAAACACUUACAUCAGCUAAAUCUUUGAACUCACCACCGUUGGAACACGAAUCUUCGAUAAUAAAUAAUCAAGAUUCUACCGUUGACGAGGAAUCAGAUGCAGAUGAUCCAACAUUGGAAAGGAUGGCUAACCUGUUGAAUUCAAUGCUCACCGAGGCUAUUGAGUGCGUGGAAACUCCCGUCAGAGGACGUGAGAAAAACCUAUCUAAGCAAUUUGACCAGAAUAAAGUAUCUGAUUUCGAUUUUUCAGAAAUUAAUGCCGCCCUUGAUGAAUACGAAGAAAGUUGCUACGAUGAUGAAGAAGAAAGUAUUCUCGACGAAGAAGAAGAAGAUUCAUCAAGCGAAUUCGGAGAAGAUGAUGAAAGAGGUAGAGAUCUUAGAAGAGGGAAUAAAACACCCAAAAGGCAAAGGUCAAAGAGCAGAAGUGAACAAUUAUUUGAAUAUAGCAUGUCAGAAUUUAAUAGGAGUUUAACGGAGUUCACCACUUUCGUUGACGAAAUGACAAUGACGGAUGACACAGUUAACGAGACAAUGCACAAAGAUCACUGGGAUCCGGACGAGGGACCUUUGCGGUAUCAGAAUGAACACAUUGAGGAGAACCUUGAUGAUUUUUCAAACCAGUGUUGUUCCCUAACUCGUGCCCUGAUUAUUCCAUUUUUAAAGUUCACUAACAUCUUUAUGCCUGCAUCUUUCCGAAAAGAAGAAAUUGGCACAAUCCGAUCUCUUGUGUACAUCAUUUAUUGGACUUUUUUGUUUACACUUGGUGUAUUGGUAUUAGAUUCAACGUUAUGUCAAAUUUCCGGAAGACAAGUAAUUCGUCUGCUAAUAAGACUGGGACAACUAUCGUUCCACAACCGACAUUCGUACGACGUUAUUUCCAAAGCCGCAACUCACCCUACACCAGGUCUUCCAGCGGAAUAUAGGAAAAACAUGACUGGGUCUAAUGAAUUCGGAUCAUCCAAUUCGUUUUACGAUCAAAUUAACUCCGAGGCGUGUGCAAGAAGUAACAUCAACGUCACACGAAUGAAAAAUGCUAUGGCAUAUGCUGCGGAAUUAACUGCAGAUGGUGACAGAUUAUGGACUGGAAAUCAUCAAAUCGAUGCUUUAAUCAAAGAAACCCAUGAGAAUUCCAACUCCUUGCGAAAUAUUCUCGAAUGGAUGCCAUUUAAGUUCUUCAGAAACAUCGAGUUCUUGGCUCAAGGAGGAUUCGCGAGAAUCGCUUUAGCCUCAUAUGAUGACCACUAUGAGAAAUCUGCGAAAAAAAGGGUUUUACCCGAAAAGAUCGUAUUGAAAUUUGUGAGAAAUUCUUGCGAGGUCGAUAAGCGAUUAAUCGAUGAAGUAAGAAUGCAUCAUAAAUGCAUGUUAUAUUCUUCCAACAUCAUACCUUUCUAUGGUUUAACUCAAGAUCCUAAUUCCCUGGAUUAUGCAAUG